UCAACGGUGCUCCCAAGUGAAUAACUCCCUCCUUUUCCCGCCAUAUGCCCCCAACGGUCACUGCGUUGUCUUCUAUAUUGCGAAAAUGUGCUCUUGUAUCUGCAAUGUCUCAAGUUAAGCAAACUCAUACACAAAUUCUCAUUCAUUGCCUCCCUCACAACGUUACCCUCCAAACAGACCUCUUGUUGGCCUAUGCCAAAAGCGGCUUUCUGCAAUAUGCUCGCAAAGUCUUUGACAAAAUGCUUGAAAGAAACAUGCAUUCUUGGAACAUUAUGAUCGCCUCAUAUGUGCAGAAUUCUCUAUAUUGUGAUGCUCUCCGUGUCUUUAGCGGGUUCUUGAAAAAGGGUUUGAGGCCGGAUCACUAUACAUUGCCUCCUACGUUCAAGGCGAGUGGAGAAAUUGAAUACUUUUUGUUGGGUUUGAUGUUGCAUAGUUGGGUGAUUAAACUUGGUUUUGAAGAUUAUGUGGUUGUUGGAAGUUCUGUUUUGGAUCUGUAUUUGAAAUGGGGGAGGUUAAAUGACGCACAACGGGUUUUUGUUAAUAUGGAGUGGAAGGACCCUGUUGUUUGCAAUUUGAUGAUUUUGGGGUUUGGUAGGGCUGGUUUUUAUGUUGAUGCUUUGAAUUGUUUUAGGGACAUGCUGGAGGAAAACGUGAGGAUGGAUUCUAUGACUAUUCCGAGUGUUUUGGCUGCUUGUGGAACUGAAGGAGACCAUACGAGAGGGAAAGAAAUCCACGGGCAAGCAGUGAAGAGUGUGAUUUUUGAUUAUGAUGUAGCGAUUGGGAAUGCGUUGAUUGAUAUGUACUCAAAAUGUGGUUGCUUAUAUUACUCUGAGAAGGUUUUCUGGAACAUGAGUGAGUUGAAUUUGGUGACUUGGACCACAAUGCUAUCUUGCUAUGGGGCUCAUGGGAGAGGAGAGGAUUCUUUGGUUUUAUUUGAGAAAAUGAGAGAUUGCGGUUUUGUCCCCAACCAUGUUACACUCACAGCAGUUUUGGCUAGUUGUAGCCAUUCAGGUCUUAUAGACCAAGGCAGGAAGAUUUUUAACUCCGUAAGUUCUGUUUAUGGGAUUGAACCUGGUGUGGAGCACUAUGCUUGUGUGGUAGAUCUUUUGGGGCGUGCAGGGUGUCUUGCAGAAGCAUUUGGAUUGAUAGAGAAUAUGAAAUUGGUCCCGACGGCAAGUGUUUGGGGUGCCCUACUUGCUGGCUGUACGAUGCAUAAGAAUGUUGAGAUUGGAGAAAUAGCAGCUAAUCACCUCUUUGAAUUGGAAGCCAGAAACUCUAGCAACUACAUAGCCUUGUGUGGUAUAUAUGAUUCCCUUGGUAUUCAGAAUGGCGUUUUGAGCAUUAGAAGAAAAAUGAGAGAAUUGGGGUUGUUUAAAACUCCUGGUUGUAGCUGGAUUUCUAUUGGUGGGAAUGUCCAUAGAUUCUACCAAGGAGACGUUUCUCAUCCAUUUAGUCAGACAAUAUAUGAAACACUGGAUGUAAUUUUUAGGACCCGAUGGUGACUCAAGAUUUUUAGGGAGAAACUGAAUGUAUACAAACAAGAAAACUU